AUGAAGAAGAAGAAGAAGAUCUUCUGUUACUGGCCACCUAUUGAAAAUGUGCAAGCUCUAGCUAGGAACUGUAGCCAAGUUGAUGCCUCUAGUUGGCCUUCAUACCUUGUGACUCAUGUUGCUGUAUCUUCAGAUGAUUACAACAGAGCUGAGAAGAAGAUGCUCCAAUCAGUAAACAGUCAGAGUGAAGCUUCUGAACUGGAUACUUCACAAGCAACUGAAGAUGUUGGGUGUUGGAGUCUUCGUCAACAUAGCGGGCCAACUUGCGCUGACAACAGUUCUUCGUCCAUUUCAAACACGUUACCAGCUCCUAAAGAUGGAGCACCUGUUGAGAACGUGACACCUAGACGCAGUCCCCGCUCCAAACAGCACCAUGUUGCUGCAGCGUCCGGCUCCAAAUCUUUCGCAGGAACCCGCAUUGCUCGCGAGAGCGUUGCAGCACAAGACCUUAGCUCAAAAGAUGACAAUUCUGAAAAUCUGUGUAGGAAGAAUGAACGCCUCGUGAAGUAUGAGCACAUGUAA